AACCCACCACCAACAGAAGCGACGUUUGGCCAAAUAUGCAAAGAGGCGCGUCGUUUCAAUUUGUUACAUUUAAAUAACACCCUAAAUUUUCUCCUUCCCGCUCACACCUUCAAAUUUUCACCCUCCUCCUCUUCCGCCGUCGCCACCGCCGCUGUGCUACCUCCGGCGUAGUGAACUCCUCAUCUUCUGCAACCAUGCCUAGAAAGCGCAAAACCCCCACACCCUCCGCCGCUGCAUGUGCUUCCUCCGGCGAGGCUCCGAACAAGUCAAGGAGAAAGACGAAUCGGAAGAGUUCCGCAGCUGAAUCAGCUCCUGCUGCCGUCGAAAAGAUCAACGCUGCUGUCGUCAAUGACAGUGAAGGAAGUAACACCAGAUUCGUCGGAGAUCCAGUCCCUGCCGAGGAAGCAAGGCAGCACUGGCCUCACCGGUACCAGGAGAAGAAGCAAUCUGCUAGGUCAAAGUCAAGCAGUGAUGAUGAUAUUCUCCAAGCUCGUCGGCACUAUAGAGAGGCAGAAGUAGAUGGGUCUACGCUUUACAAACUUUAUGACGAUGCCCAUGUUAAAGCAGAGGAAGGAGAUGACAAUUACAUUUGUAAAAUUGUGGAGAUGUUUGAGGCAUGUGAUGGGACCUUACAUUUCACUGCACAAUGGUACUAUAGAGCAAAAGACACUGUCAUUAAAAACCUUGCCUUUCUUAUUGAAGAACCAAGGCGAAUUUUUUAUUCAGAAGUUAAGGAUGACAAUCCACUGGAUUGUCUUUUAGAAAAGUUAAACAUUGCAAGAGUGACGUUAAAUGUGGAUUUGGCGGAAAAGGAGAAAACUAUUCCACUAUGUGAUUAUUACUGUGACACCCAGUAUAUUUUGCCAUACUCUACAUUUGUGAAAUUUCCACCAGAAAGCAAAGAAAUUAGUAGUGAUACUUCGUCCACAAUAUCUUCUGAAACCAAUGUAACUGGAAAAUCUGAGGUGGACUCUCAACAUAAGGAUACUUCCAAUAGUGAAGAAAAGAAAGAUUCAGAGCUUAAGUUGCUAGACUUGUACUCUGGGUGUGGCGCGAUGUCAACUGGUUUAUGCCUCGGUGCAAAUUUGUCCGGUUCGAAUCUUGUUACAAGAUGGGCAGUAGACUUGAGCGAAUAUGCUUGUGCAAGUCUUAAAUUAAACCAUCCUGAAACUCAGGUUAGAAAUGAAAAAGCUGAAAAUUUCCUCUCAUUAUUAAAAGAAUGGGAGAAGCUAUGUAGUUACUUCUCUUUAGUCCAAAACAAGGUGCCACAUAAGCAAUAUGUGGAUCUUUUUAGUGUAGAAGAGGAUGAUGAGACUGAGAGUGUUGAAAGUAGUGAUGAAGAUGAUGAUGAAGUGUUUGAAGUUUUGGAAUUGCUUGCUAUACGCUAUGGUCAUCCAAAUGAGGAAAAUGAGCAAUGUUUAUACUUCAAGGUUCGUUGGAAGGGAUAUGAAUCUGAUGCAGACUCUUGGGAGCCAGUUAGUGGUUUAAGUAAUUGCAAGGAAAAAAUAAAGGAUUUUGUCACUCAAGGCUUCAAGUUGAAUAUUUUACCUUUGCCGGUAAGUGACGUUGAUGUAAUAUGUGGUGGACCUCCAUGCCAAGGUAUUAGUGGUUUCAACCGCUUUCGGAACGAAGAGAACCCAUUGGAUGAUGAGAAGAACAAGCAGCUAGUGGUUUACAUGGAUAUUGUACAAUAUCUUAAGCCCAAAUUCGCAUUGAUGGAAAAUGUAGUUGAUAUUUUAAGAUUUUCAAAAGGCUUUAUGGGAAGGUAUGCUUUGGGCCGUCUUCUUCAAAUGAAUUAUCAAAGUCGCUUGGGAAUUAUGGCUGCUGGAGCUUAUGGGCUUCCUCAAUUUCGCUUGCGUGUCUUCAUUUGGGGGGCGGCACCUACAGAGAAGCUUCCUCAGUUUCCACUUCCAACACAUGAUGUUAUAUUAAGGGGUGUCAUUCCUGUGGAGUUUGAGAUAAACACAGUUGCAUAUAAUGAAGGACACAAUGAACAGUUGCAAAGAAAACUGUUGUUGGAAGAUGCUAUUUCUGACCUUCCUCCGAUUGAUAAUAACGAAAGGCGAGAUGAGAUGCAAUAUGAUAAGUCUCCCCAGACUGAGUUCCAGAAGUUCAUUAGAUUAAGCAAAAAUGAAAUGCUGGGUAUUCCAACUAGAAAAAGUUCAAAUUCUAUGCUUUACGAUCAUCGUUCACUAAAAUUAAAUGCAGAUGAUUAUCAACGCGUGUGUCGGAUUCCUAAAAAGAAGGGUGGAUGCUUCAGAGAUUUACCAGGUGUUCGUGUGCGACCAGAUAAUAAGGUUGAAUGGAAUCCUGAUGUAAAACGAGUCUAUUUGGGUUCAGGAAAACCAUUGGUUCCUGAUUAUGCCAUGUCUUUUGUGGGCGGAACGUCAUCAAAACCUUUUGCUCGGUUAUGGUGGGAUGAAACUGUUCCAACAGUUGUGACUAGAGCAGAACCUCAUAAUCAGGCAAUUCUGCAUCCAGAGCAAGAUAGGGUUUUGUCAAUUCGUGAAAAUGCAAGACUUCAAGGUUUCCCCGACUACUAUAAGCUAUGCGGGCCAGUCAAACAAAGGUACAUUCAAGUUGGGAAUGCAGUUGCAGUUCCGGUGGCUCGAGCUUUAGGGUAUACUUUAGGUCUUGCCUUUCAAGGUGCAGUUGGGGAUGGUCCACUAUAUAAAUUAGCUGAUGGAUUUCCCAUGAAUUUCCCAUCUUCAUCAUCUGAAGAAAAUGUGUAAUGUUACAUUAAUUCUGCAUGUGUUUGGACAAGUACUAUUUCGUUGAUGUUUGACCUAUUUGGUUGUUGUUUGGAAACAUUGUCAGUACUAUAUUCAUUAUUAUAAUUCAUUUUCAUUUUGAAAAUAGAAGUAAGGUUUAUUAUUGGUUAAUGAUUGAUAUACUACUGGAGUGUCUAAGACACUUAAAUAUUAAUGAGA